AUGGUGACAAUUCCGUCUUCGAUCGGUCCCAACAAUGUUGGGAUCGUUGGAGGAGGCCUCGCUGGUAUGGCCACUGCAUUCCAAUUGAUUAAAAAGAAGCCCUCGAUCAACGUCACAAUCAUUGACAAGGCAUUGCCUGGAACGGGAGGUGCCUCGUCGGUAGCUGGAGGGUUGUUACACCCCUUGACUCCACGAGGGAAAAUCGCCGCAUUUGGAAUCCAAGGUGUUGAUUCUAGCAAAACCUUGAUCGAGACUGCAUCCGAAUUCGAGAAAGGUGUGGUCUUACGGGAUGAGAUCUACCGCGUUGCUGUUAACAACAAACAUAGAUCAGUACUCAAAGCAGCAGCGUCGUCACACCCACAGUUUUGCGAGUGGCUUGAAGCAAACGAACUUGAAUGGGAUACGAGUUCAAGCUCAGUGCUUGGCGCGCUUCGUAUUCAUGGAUCAGGCUGCAAGGUGAUUCAUGUGCCUUCAUAUCUAAAUGGAUUGUGGCUAGCUUGCGAAUCCAGAGGCACAGGUGAUCGAGUCUGGGCAUUGGAAGAAGACUGUGCCGACUGGAAAGAACGUUUGAGUGAGUUUGACGCAGUUGUACUCUCAGCCGGUGCUGGAAUGUUCCAGGACGCCGUAGUGAAGCAAGAGCUGCCUGUACAACUAGUUCGAGGUCAAUCGAUCGAAUUGCAUCUCCGAAAUAGACAGUUUGAGCAAGUUAGAUUAUGUGGGAAGUACGCGACACCUCUUCCUGACAAAGGAAAAGUGAAUAUUGGCGCGACCCAAGAGUUCAAAGACGAGCCUUUGGACUGUGCCAGUGUGAAGGACGAGCUUCAGAUGAGAUCUUACGAUUUUCUGUCUGACCUGUGGGACGAUGGCGAUGUGCACAAAGUAACUGAAGGAUUCAGGGUCCAAUCCGAUCGCGGCCCACGUGGUAGACUGCCAAUAAUUGGAUCUUUCGAUAGCGAACUCCAUGACAAUGCAUGGAUCUUUACUGGACUAUCGAGCAGAGGCCUUCUUUACCACUCGCUCUUUGGAGAUAUGCUUACAGACAUGAUGUUUGAUUCCGAUGAAAAUUAUCAACUAGUAGACGCGGAGUCGUUGAAUUGGUGGGUAAUGAAUUAG